CAAGAAAUAAGAGAUUUAAGAAGAUUACAAGGAGAUGGAAAGCAAGAACCUGCAUUUGGGGACAAACUAGAUCAUCCUCUGAACCUGUAGGGCCUGGAGACUCUCAAAGCAUGGCCAGACAAUCCAUCUUAUAUUUCAUCCUGUUGAGUGCUCUGAUUGACAAGAGCCAAGCCUGUUUCUGUGAUCAUUACCCAUGGACUUCGUGGUCCAGCUGCUCAAAAACCUGCAAUUCUGGAACCCAGAGCAGAAGGAGACAAAUAAUAAAGGAUGCGUACUAUCUGGGGAACUCCUGUGAGCAGCUUUGCAUCAAGCAGGAGACCAGAGACUGUAACCAGCAAACUUGUCCUAUCAACUGCCUUCUGGGAGAUUAUGGACCAUGGUCAGACUGUGACCCUUGUGUUGAAAAACAGUUUAAGGUUAGAAACAUUUUGCGCCCCAGUCAGUUUGGAGGACAACCAUGUACUGAGCCCCUGGUGACUUUUCAACCAUGCAUUCCCUCUAAACUCUGCAACAUCGAAGAGGUUGACUGCAAGAAUAAAUUUCGCUGUGACAGUGGCCGCUGCAUUGCCAGCAAGUUAGAAUGCAAUGGAGAAAAUGACUGUGGAGACAAUUCAGAUGAAAGAAAUUGUGGGAGAACAAAACAAGUAUGCUCUCGGAAGUUUGAUCCAAUCCCUAAUGCCCAGAUGAUGGGCACUGGGUAUCAUUUGCUGGCAGGAGAGACCAGAGGAGACGUCCUUGAUAACUCUUUCACUGGAGGAAUAUGUAAAACUGUCAAAAGCAUUAAAGCAAGUAAUCCAUACCGUGUUUCGGCCAAUCUGGAAAAUGUCAACUUUGAGGUAGAAACUAAAGAAGACGAUUUGGAAACAGAUUUCUAUAAGGAUUUAAUUCCUCUUGAAAAGAAUAAAAAUGAGCAAAUUUCAGAUAUCAGCAAAAACGACAACAAUUUUAAUGUGCCAAUUUUUUACUCCUCAUCGAAAAGUCAAACCUCCAACCAUAAUUCUGCCUUCAAACAAGCCAUUCAAGCCUCCCAUAAAAAGGAUUCUAGUUUUAUUAGGAUCCAUAAAGUGAUAAAAGUCUUAAACUUCACAAUGAAAAGUAAAGAUCUGCAGCUUUCUGAUGUCUUUUUGAAAUCACUUAACCAUCUGCCUCUAGAAUACAACUAUGCUCUGUAUAGCCGGAUAUUUGAUGAUUUCGGGACUCACUAUUUCACCUCUGGCUCCCUGGGAGGCGUGUAUGACCUCCUCUACCAGUUUAGCAGUGAGGAGCUAAAGAACUCAGGUUUAACAGAGGAAGAAAUUAAAAAUUGUGUCAAGAUUGUAACAAAGAAACGCUUUCUUUUCUUUAAAAAAACAUCAGUGGAAGAACGGUGCACCACUAGCAAGAUGUCAGAGAAAUACGAAGGUUCAAUUAUGCAGGGAACAGAGAAGUCCAUCUCCUUUGUGCAAGGUGGGAGGAGUGAGUACGCAGCUGCUUUGGCAUGGGAGAAAGGGACCUCUGGUCCAGAAGAGAAGGUCUUUUCUGACUGGGUAGAAUCACUGAAGGAUAAUCCUGCUGUGAUUGACUUUGAGCUUGCUCCCAUUACGGACUUGGUAAGGAACAUCCCCUGUGCGGUGACAAGACGGAACAACCUCAGGAAAGCUUUUCGGGAAUACGCAGCCAAGUUUGACCCUUGCCAGUGCGCUCCGUGCCCUAAUAACGGCCGCCCCACACUCUCAGGGACCCAAUGUCUGUGUGUGUGCCAGAGCGGCACCUACGGGGAGAACUGUGAGAGACGCUCGCCGGAUUACAAAUCGAAGGCAGUAGAUGGGAACUGGGGCUGCUGGUCAUCCUGGAGCACGUGUGAUGUGACUUAUAAGAGAUCAAGAACCCGAGAAUGCAACAACCCUGCCCAGCAAUUAGGAGGGAAACCCUGUGAGGGGGAGAACCGGCAAGAGGAGCACUGCACAUUUUCAAUAAUGGAGAACAAUGGACAACCAUGUAUCAAUGAUGACGAAGUAAUACAAGAAAUAGACCUUCCUGACGUAGAACCAGAUUCAGGGUGUCCUCAGCCAGUUCCUCCAGAAAAUGGAUUUAUCCGAAAUAAAAAGAAAGUGUACUCAGUUGGGGAAGAUGCUGAAAUUUCAUGCUAUACUGGAUUCAAAAUUGUUGGAUACCAGUACUUCAGAUGCUUGCCAGACAGGACCUGGAGGCAAUUAGAUGUGGAAUGCCAACGAACACAGUGCCUCAAGCCAGUUGUGCAGGAAGUCCUGACACUUUCACCAUUUAAGAUGUCAUAUGAAAUUGGUGAAUCCGUUGAACUAACGUGUCCCAAAGACUUUGUCGUAGCCGGGCCAUCAAGGUACACAUGCACUGGGGAUUCCUGGACACCGCCUAUUUCAAACUCACUCACCUGUGAAAAUGAUGUUCUGAAAAGAUUAAAGGGCGAUUGUCAAUCAGGACAAAAACGAGUAGGAUCUGAAUGUAUUUGCAUGUCUCCAGAAGAAGACUGUAGCUAUUAUUCAGAAGAUCUCUGUGUGUUUGAUUCAGACUCCAGCCAUUAUUUUACUUCACCUGCUUGUAAAUUUUGGGCCAAGAAAUGUUUAAAUAAUCAGCAACUCCAUUUUCUACAUAUUGGUUCCUGCCAAGAUGGUCCACAGUUAGAAUGGGGUCUUGAAAGAACAAGACUUUCAUCCAAUAGCACAAAGAAAGAAUCUUGUGGCUAUGAUACCUGCUAUGACUGGGAAAAAUGUUCAGCCUCCACUUCCAAAUGUGUCUGCCUAUUGCCCUCCCAGUGCAUCAAGGGUGGAAACCAGCUCUACUGCGUCAGAAUGGGAUCAUCAAUGAAUAAGAAGACAGUGAACAUCUGUGAAGUAGGAACUGUCAGAUGUGCCAACAGGAAAGUGGAAAUACUGCAUCCUGGCAGGUGUUUGGCCUAACGCAAUUACUGAAGCUCACAUUCACGUGGAGGAAGACAUACAAAAGAAAACAAAAGCAGCACAUAAAAUAUGUAAUAUGUUAGAUGGUGACAAUUGCUAUGGAGAGAAUAAUGCAGGGAAGGGUGAGUCUCACAUUUAAGCCUCAUCAGAUGCAGGGAAAUAUUCCAGAGUAAGAAGCGUCCCAGGAAGGAUGAUUGGACUCAAAUGUAAAUUGCCUGUUUAAAGUAGUUAAUACACUUCUAAAAUUCCAGUCUUUUGGGAAAAAGAAAAGAGAUUCUCUUUGACUCUGCAUUAAAGUGCAUUAGAAAGUUUUUAAGCUGAAGUGUGUGAUGGAUGGAAAAUCAUCAGAGAAUUUUUUUUAAGUAAAUCAUAUCUUUUGUAUUAGGCCAUACCAAGUAAACAUCCAUUUCUUAGAGAGGCUCGAGUGUCACUUUGAAUUGGGGAAGAGAAGCAUCUUUGGAACAGUGGUUUGCAAAUAUUAGCGUUCUUCAGUCUCACCUGGAGUGCUUGUCAAUACAGAUGCCUGCGACCCACCCCCAGUUUCUAGGUCUAUAGACUGGGGUGCGGCCUGAGAACAAGUAUUUCUAACAACUUUCCAGGUAAUACUGCUGAUGAUUGUUAUGGGAUCACAUUUUGAGAACACUUAUUAGUUUAGACAUGGAAUCAUCAAACAGUAAAUCCUGAUUUAGUCAUUGAUCUCCAAACCUUAGCCAGCCAGUCUCCAAGCAAGCGAGUGGAAGCAGAUUCUCUACCUCUAAAACCCACCUAGGGGCUACGAGCAGAGCCACCUGGCUGCACCCUCACGAGACCUUAUAUAUUAAAUGCAGCUCCUCCUCCAUCUCAUUAAUCAUAGGAUGUUGACAAAAUCUAAAACAUCUUGCAAUGUCAAAGGGGAAUGAGAAAGGAAAAAACCUAGAAACAGAAAACAUAUUUUCCUGGUGUAAUAGCUCCUGAGUGGGAAUUUUUCUAUUCCCAGGAGUCAGUAACCAUCUUUAUCUCAGGCCACUCCUACUCCCUUCUCACUACAAGAGUGUUGCAAACUACUCUUGUAAACUUCAUGCCUUCAACACUUCCAAGACCCCAAACUGAGGGCAAAGAGUCAUUAAAUACUCCCAUAUCCUAAGGAGAGCCACUAACAAUUGAGCCAAGAAACUUUCCUCAGGACUGAACUGGCUCCAGUCUACCCAACUCUCACACUGUCCAGGUCAUACAGCAGGCCUGCGGGAGAGGGAAACCACGAGAAUCUGCAGCCACAUGAAGGCAGUGGCUCAUAGUGAGGCCCGUUUUGUCCCCUUGAUGGAGAGGAAGAAGAUGGGAAAGCCUUGAGAUCAUCUUUUGUAGGGUGCGGGGACACCUACAGCAAGGAUAUACAGUGCAGCCCUCGCUGGCUGGGUGCUGUGGCAUCUUAGAGCUGCCACUGGUGAGCAGAGUGCUGGAGGAGGUCCUAAGAGACAUGGAACUCCCCAUACCAGGGAGUUCUCCCUACAGAAGCAUGAGACCUGCUUAGAGAGUGCUGAGGGCAGGAUGCUUUCAAGGGUGGUCAGCACCAUUUCUAUAGUGAGAAGAGAAUGGUGAGGCAGGACUAGGAAGGAGAGAGACGCAGCCCUUUCUCCAUCUGAGUCCCAAGGCAUAGGGAAAGAAUGGAGAACGUUAGUGGUUCUCUCUGGCUGUGCAGGAAGAAGCACAAAGAAGAGGAAAGGCAGGCUCUCUGAGGCUAUCCUGAAUCUUAGAUACAAACUUAAAGAAAGCACAAAAAGGAGGCAGAGCUGCCUCUCUCACAGGAAGGACAGAGCAAGUAGGAGUAAAGCAAAACACCAACUCAAGAAAGCACAGGGACUAUCAAUAACAUAUACCAGACUUAGUAAGAACAAAUGCAGAAGUGACACCACAUCACUGACUGUUACAUCAAACAACUCCUGCCAUCUCUCCUAGUCUACCUCCUUGCUUCUGACACCAGAGAACCAGAGCCCACAGAUGGAGGGGAGGGAAGUGUCCUAGAAUGAGACAUACCCCACCUCACCACUUCCAAGAUGCUGGAGAGCUUGGAAACACAAAAGCAACCCUCGUCCCUUCCCUACCGCAGGCCUGGCUGACACUGGAGGUGGGGAAGGCGAUGAAAUGCAAAUUGGAUAUGAGAAUGGAGACUAAAACCAGACAACUUUUAUAAACAGAAACGGACCAGAAUACUAUAUAAUCUGUCCAAGACUUACAUCAGCAAGAACAACAUGGAAUUGGGCAGAACAUAGUGAAAGCUGUAUUAGUUUCCUGGGGAUGCCAUAACAUAGUACCACAAUCCAGGUGGCUGAAAACAAUGGAAAUUUAUUGUCUCACGGUGCUGGAGGCUAGAAAUUUGAAAUCAAUGUGUCAGCAGGCCAUGUUCCCCGGACACUCGUAGGAUAGAAUUCUUCCUUGCCAUUUCUGGCCUUUGGUGUUUGUCAGAAAUGUUGGCAUUCCUUGGCUCAUAGAAGCAGAGCUCCAGUCUCUGCCUCCCUCAUCACAUGGCUGUCUUCAUCAUCUUCCUCACAUGCAUGUCUGUCCGCCCAAAUUAGCAUUGUUUCAUGAGGAUAGCAGUCCUGUUGGAUUCGGCCCACUCUAAUGACCUCAUCUUAAUUACGCUACAUCUGCAAAGAUCCUGUUUCUAAAUAGGGUCACAUUCACAGGAACCAGCAGUUUACACUUCAACAUAUCCUUUUUUGCAGACAUAAUUCAACCCAUAGCACUGUGAUUAAAAAAAAAGAUGUUUUCUGUGUGCACCCCGUAAUAUAAUCAAAGACUUACACCAGCUAUUACGUUCAUAUUGCUUGAUUCAAAUCAGUCACGUUGCUUUAAAAUAUGUUAUUCUUUUACUUGUAGCAAUCUUUCCUUUUAAUGAUUAGUCUCUUUACCACUUUAGCUACCUUUGUAGCAAAAGAUUUUUUUGAGUGCACUAAUUCAUUCAAGUCUGCAUUAAGUUAAUUUGCAUACCACUUACCAGUUGAAAUUUUCACACUCUGAUAUUAAUAUUAAUACACCAGUUUAGUACAAUAAGUGUUAAGAGCUAGUGGUAAAAUUGUCUUCGUGAAGCAGAGAGCAAAACUGAAACGUAUUAUAAUACCUGGAAUUUGGACCUAGAAUCUCUACCACACUCUUAGAUUAAAUAAAUUCUAGAUCAAAAGUAAAAGCCUUAUCCUCUUAGGCUAUUAGAGAUGAAUACUAAGCAUGUAUGCUUGUAGCUUAAGUAACGGGAAAUUAGGUACUUUUUUAAAAUAUGGAUUUUAAUUUUUGUUGAUUUUGCAUGAUACUGACAAAAUAAAUGAGACCCCAGUUUAAAGAACUUUAUAAAUCUGCAUGUUAUAUAUCUCAGAGGUCCUGAAAGCAGAACUCUUAAAACUAUUAUUUUAAACUCCAGUCUUCUGGGGAGGAAACAUUCAAGCUCCACUAAUGAGUUCCUCUUUUUGACAGCCUUCGGUAAAUUUCAGAAUAUUUUACUGUUGUGGUUUUUUUUUUUUCUACAAAAGCCUGCAACUCACACAACCAACAUUCCUUAGUUUUAAAGAUUGAAUUCUCCUGUUGUUUUCAGAAGAGCACCAACAAGCUAAACCUAAUUCACAUCCCUUCCUAAAUUCCAGUUCUAAGUAACAAGAUUCUGACAGAUCAUGAUAUCUCUGGGUGUUGUUGGGCACCAAACCCCCCGAAGCUUGAUUAAUUGGAUUCUAAAAGGCUGCCUCUCUCUAAGGUCACCUUCAUUCUUUUGGAAUACAUUGUGUGGAAUCAAUGAGGCAUCAAGCGUCUAACCAAACAAAUGGCCUACAAAAUUAUAGUUGUAUCCAUUUUAUUUUAUGAGAGUGAGACAGGCCACUGCUACCCUAUUUGUCAUCUUGACAAGUUCUAACUACGCAACUUCAGUUCUACGUGUCAAAUGUCAGUUAGUAGAGGUGGGUGUCACCAGACAAGGGACUCCAAGGGACAGAUGGUGCAUUGAAAGUCGUGCUCACAAAGGUUUAUAUAGAAAGAUGUUCAUGACAACAUUAUUUAUAAUAGCAAAAAAUGACAGAGCCUAAAUGUCCAAUAAUAAAUUAGGGCCCUUCCAUAUCAUGAAACAGUACAAGACCACUGACAAGAAUCUUUUAAAAAAGAUUUUAAAGGACAUAAUAAAAAGUGAAAAACCAGGUUGCAAUAUUAUGUGUGAUUAUAGCUACAUAAAGUGUGUGUGUGUGAAUGCCUUUUGAAACCAUGAUUGGGAGAAAAAAUAUCUCUAGAACUUGGAUUUAUUUUUAUUUGUAUCAUUCCUAUUAUUCUAAAUUUUCUAGAUUUUUUACAAUCAUCAUGCAUUAUUUUUUUUUGUAAUUGGGCAUGAAAAGUCACUCUAAAAAAUUUCUCUUCUACUUAGAUGAAAAGGACAGAUUGUUAAUUCUGCUUCUAUAGACAAUGGCAAAUCGGCUUUGGAGUUCAAGCCAGCAGCCCUUGCCUGCCUGCGACAGGUAGUACCGUGUUUCUCCGAAAAUAAGACCUAACCAGAAAAUAAGCCCUAGCAUGAUUUUUCAGGAUGCCAGCCCCUGAACAUAAGCCGUAAUGCAUCUUUUGGAGCAAACCUUAAUACAAGACCGGGUUUUAUUUUCGGGGAAACACGGUAGCUUUCAGCCAGACUUGUGAGCCUCACAUACAUCCUUCAUUCACUCACAAGGAUUUUCUGAAUACCUGCUAAGUCACAGGAGUUAAGUCUAUAAUUAUGCAGAGAUUUGAGAGGUGUUUAUAGUCUACUGGGAAGAUUUUAAAGGUAAAAUACCAGUACUACACAAAAUACAAAGCAGUGAGUUACUGUUUAAAAAUUAAUGGUACAGAUGUUAAUUAAUUAACAUCUUCCAGAAAUUAAAAAAAAAAGAACUGGAUGUUUAAUAAAAUACAAUCAAGUCUAAAUUCUUAAAAUUUGAUAACAGUUUAAGACACAGAGUAGCUGUUUAAACUUGGACAAACCUGUCUGAGAGUCAAUUUCUUCAUAUGAAAAUGAGGACAAUACCAGCCAAUUCAUUCUAUUUGUUCCAAGAAUUGGCUGGAAUAUGUAUAUAUAUGUCCUAUAUAUAAUAUUCUAUAACAACCCCAGUUGAAACUACUAUUAUCUCUCACUUGGAUUAGAGCUAUAUAGCUUCUUAAAUGGUCUCUUUGAUUCUGCUUUUUUCAAAUGAAAAUUUGGAUUAUUUUUACUUUCUUACUUAAAACUAUAACUUAGAAAAAAAUUAAAACUUUUUACUAUGGCCUAGAAGGCCCUGCAUGAUCAGCCCUUGCCUAUAUCUAUCUAUCUAUCUAUCUAUCUAUCUAUCUAUCUAUCUAUCUAUCUAUCACAACUACUAAGAGCUUAGAACAAAAUGCACAUUCAACUAUUGAGGUAUUAUUAUUAACACCAAUGGAGAAGAAUAGCUGGACUUCAUCCUUUAUUUCCAGCAAACAAGAUACUUUCUCUAUUGCCAACCUUGCCAUUGAAGCCUGACUUACAAAGGCACACAUGAGCUUAUUUAGAGUGUUCCGAGGUAAGAAUGGCUGGAGAACUCAGACUCCUUAUCUACCUAAGCUGAUGAAAGGUGCUUCUCCCCUGUGCUCU